GACAAGGAACGAGUGCUGCAUCUAAGCUGGAAGCGACGCUCGUCUGUUUUCUACUCAUCUCGCUUUAAAGUCUGCUAUUUUUCCCCCUACUGAAUUAGUUGUUUUUUUUUAAUUCCUGGGUUAGGGUUUAACUUCCAAAGAUGAUAAUGGACAUUGGGCUGACUGGAAAUAACAUUAAUGUGAUAAAAGUCAACUACGAAGAAAACCUCUGUGUGGGACCGCUAGCUCGCCGAUGUUAGCAUUGAGGAUGGAAGACAUCGGGGGAUGCUAACCCUAGCUCGCAAUGACUUAAAACCGUUUUUUUUCUUUUGAAAGAUCCAGUGAAAAUAUUACGCGUGCCUUUAUCUACCCCCAAACCGUGGUGGUUGUGCCGACAGGAUGAGGAAUUGUGAGUAUCAGCAAAUCGACCCACUUGCUCUGUCGGUGUCGCCCGCUUUGGCACACAACCACACCGGCAAGAAAGCGGGGCGUCCACGAAGAAAAUGGGAAGUGUUCCCUGGGAAGAACCAGUUUUUCUGCGACGGACGGAUCAUGUUCGCCAGGCAGAGCGGCGUCCUCCCUCUGACCCUGGGUCUUAUCGUUGUCACCUGUGGCCUUUUCUUUGCUUUCGAUUGCCCGUUUCUGGUACAGCACCUGACCUUUUUCAUACCUGUGAUUGGAGGGGUGCUUUUUGUAUUUGUGGUCCUCUCCCUGCUGAGAACCAGCUUCACAGACCCAGGCAUCCUACCCAGGGCCACCCCGGACGAAGCUGCAGAUAUAGAGAAGCAGAUCGAUACCUCAGGAUCCUCCACGUAUCGCCCUCCUCCGCGGACGAAGGAGAUCCUCAUCAACCAGCAGGUGGUCAAGCUCAAGUACUGCUUCACCUGUAAAAUGUUUCGCCCUCCUCGGACGUCACACUGCAGCCUUUGUGACAACUGUGUGGAGAGGUUUGAUCAUCACUGCCCAUGGGUGGGCAACUGCGUGGGCAGGCGCAACUACCGCUUUUUCUAUAGUUUCAUCAUCUCUCUUUCUUUCCUGACAUCCUUCAUAUUUGGCUGUGUCAUUGCCCACAUCACCCUGCGUUCUCAAUCGGGUACAAGCCUCAUCCAAUCCAUCCAGGAAAGUCCUGCCAGUGUGGUAGAGCUGGUCAUUUGUUUCUUCUCCAUCUGGUCUAUUCUGGGCCUAUCAGGCUUCCAUACCUACCUCGUAGCCUCCAACCUCACAACAAAUGAGGAUAUCAAGGGCUCCUGGUCGAGUAAAAGGGGUGCAGAGGAGUCUGGGAACCCGUACACCUACAACAGCAUGCUCGCCAACUGCUGUGUGACGUUAUGUGGGCCUAUGCCACCAAGUCUGAUUGACAGGAGAGGCUUCCUGUCGCCUGAGGAGUCCGUCCCCGCUGCUUCUGCCUCGGAGAUCGAGCUGCCUCCUUUUGCAGCCAAGAACGACAAACACAUGUGCUCACAGAGCACUAAAGAUGUGCUCGAGAGGAUGCUCAACUCCUCUGACUUUCACGGCCUUUGCUUUCCUGGUACCCCCAAAACAACCCCACUGGGCCUGGAGGCUUCCAGCUCCGCAGCGACGCCCAUUCAGCCGUCACCCACAAUAGGGUGCCUGCGGGCGACCACGGCCAACCCUUGCUCUCCGCUUGCCAAGAGCGACUCGAUGCACUCCAUCAACCCAGCGUUCCGUUUGGCAUCACCUUCGCCUUCACUUGGUCGCACGCCGCUGACUGUUACCGGCACAGCUGACGUCGGGUUUAUCCCGCUCCCAUGAAGGGUAUUCUUCUUACUUUGGAGGACUGAUAGGAGCUUUUUUCUCCUGCAGUGUUUGGUACUUUGGCAUAGAGUUUAGUAAAAGCACAAUAUUUAUUUACACUUUUGAUCCAGACACUCCACACAAGCCAUAGAGGGAGGUUAGUGUUUAAUUUCCCUGCUCACGUUUUAUGCAAUCAGGCCCUCAGUUCUGUGAACAAAUUGUGAUUGGCAGGUCAGACAGGUUUUAGUGGUUUCCAACCUUCUUGACCACAUUAAUAUUUUAAUAUUUUGUCCAAUCCUGUGUAUGACCAGCUACCUCUACGUGGCCAAGUGGUUGGGAACCCAUGCUUUAGCUGAGCGACCAGACAUUUAGCAUUGGAAGUCAAGGUGCAGCUUUGUUUUCAUGAGAUAUAUCAAUAUUUUUGCAUUUUUUUUGUAUUUUUUGUCAGUGGUGUCAUCAAAUAUAAUUACUUGACAUGUUAGCUGAAACAGUAACAGGAGACGUUUUAAACCAGGUCAAAAAGUGAGCCAUCUGUGAAUUUGUUCUAUUGCAGCGCCUUGUUUUUAAUAUUCUGUUUGACCUGCAAACUCAGACAAAUGUGUUUCUGUUUAAACUUUGCACUUAACUCAAGGCUUGGGCAGCAAUAUGCUAUUAUUGCAAUAUUUUUCCAACAAUAUCAAUAGUCGAUAUAGUGGCGAAAAACAUCUACCAAACGUAAUAUCUAUGUAACUGAAAAAAGUAAACAUAUAAAUCAUUAUUUACAUACAGCACAGGCCAAAAUUUUGGACACACCAUCUCAUUCACUGCGUUUUCUUUAUUUUCAUGACUGAUUACAUUGUAGAUUGUCACUGAAGGCAUCAAA